AUGUCUGAUUCUCGACGUCUCCGCCCGAGACGGCAAGCCCCUGAUCAAGGCGAGCCGCCCAGCGAUGCCGAGUCCGUCCAGUAUAGCGACGAUGACCUCCAAGACGCUGAUCGUACGCUUCGUCAAGAGCCUCCUCGGCAGCAAAAUCCGCUGCAUUUCCCGGCGCCAGAGGCCACUGGCGCUGACAAUUCUCAUGCGAAUCGACGUCCUAUACUUAAUAUAGAUAGGACCAACCGUAGCGACGUCUUCAAUCUGUCGCCGAUUCGUGAUUCUGUGCCUCUCCAGACCACUGAGAGUGAAAUGCCGUAUGAUGAUCCUAAUACCGUCGGCAACCAUCUUCCUCGUCAAUUCAGACCGAGAGAAUCCCCCGAGCAAGAAAAGGCUAUUACGCACCUAAAAAGGGCCAAAGAAGCAGUCAGAAAGCUUCGGGAUGACUCCAAAUUCGAAGCCUUGAAAGGCAAGUCCAAUUACCGUCAUUGGGCUGACAACAUGGAGCAAUUGUUCGAUGACAAUGCCGUCACUCCCAUUGUAUACGGCGAAGUCAUGAUCCUACCCCGUGAGCAUCGCCAUUUCCUGGCGCAAGCUCAAUUCGUCUCAUUCGCGAGAAGAGCUAUCAACAGCCAUGUGUCGAAGCAAAUUCAGCAGUAUCUGCAAGAUAGAAAGCUUCGAGAUCCAGCUGCAAUGUGGAAAACCGCAUGGACGAAGUCCGUCAUCGGAAGCGAUCAAAGCGAGCACAUCCCAUGGCUCGAACGCAAUAAAUGCCUCAACUUCCUUGAGAAGUUAGACAGUCCAAAAUGGGGCCCGUGGAAGACUAGCCUUAUGUCGCGAGUAAGUAGGUCAUCCGACUCCGAUAGGAUCUAUCGGUUCGACGAGAUCAUUGCCGAGCUCGAAGACUUCGAGAGAUCAUUAGAUCGUGAGACUAAGACCCGAAAUGCGUACGCCGUACGCUCAGCACCUUCAGCAGCUUCAGAAGCGAGACCUCAUUGCGAGCAUUGCAAUAAGAAGGGUCACGUAAAGGCGAAUUGCUGGAAACUCCGCCGUGAUAGGAAGCCAAAGGACAUGAAAGGAGAUGGUUUUUCGGCCGAAAAACCUGCUGAAAAAAUGGAGGCAUAUACUGUAAAUACCAUUGAAAUUGACCUACCUCACAAUGUCCUCUCUAUAGCUUCCGACAUGCCUUCGGAUCGAUGGAUUUGCGACAUAGGUGCCGACGUCCAUUUUACGGCUUCACCUAGCAAUUUCAUGCCUGGUACGGCAAAGCCAAUCUCAAUUCGUAUACAGACAGUCUCCGGUAUCACAAUUGAAGAAGGUCUACGUGGAGAAAUCUGUAUGAAACUCUCUGGAUCUAGGAGAAGACCCGAUUCUAGCAUCCUCCUUACCGACGUUCUCUGGACGCCAGUAGCUAGCGCCAACCUUAUUAGCGGUGCAAGACUUGCUAGGAAAGGUGUCACGGCGAUCUACCGUCCGAACCAGCUGCUAUUGAGGCGCAAAGAUGGCAGCAUACUUGGUACGGGACGCAAGGUCGAUAAGCAAUGGAUCUUGAAUGUCUCCUCCGUCGGUUCUCCUCCUUCAAAGAUGGAGACAGCAAGCUUACACCACGUCCGAAGCUCCACCGAGCCGUCCAAUAUACCUGUAGCUAUCAUGACCACGGAUGCUGAUGCGGACGCCGAAGCACCCCAACCCCGCCUGAAUAAGUCCAGGGUCAACGUCCACACCUGGCACCGACGUAUGGGCCACAUCGGCACUCAGGGGGUGCAGAAAACGGCGAGAAUUGUGGAUGGCAUCGACAUUGAAGGUCUAGCAGUCUCUAAACAGCCUUGCGGAGACUGUGCUAUCGGACGGGCACCUCAUAAACCUAACCGGCGGCCAAUUCUCCAUCGUUCUGAGAGAGCUGGAGACCUCGUCUAC